GUCUAGAUUUCUGUUGGGAGCAAUAUUGAAGGACCUCAACGUUUCCAACUAUGAGGGAUGCCAACAUCUUUGCAUUCCGCAAGGCCAUGCCUCGAAUGAGCUGGUCUCCGCGUAACCUCUACAACCUCUGGAAGCGGUCUUGUGGAGCCGAGGCCGAGGCCAUAAACUUCACUCGCUCACCCAAGACGUUGUUUCAACAGCGGUGGAUAUCGAAAGCACUCGUACGUGCGUACCACGGCGACUUCAUUAACGAGAAAAUAUUCAAGCGGUGGUACCUCCCCGACACACUUCCCGACGUGCGGCCUCGUCAGCACGCGCUUUACAGUAAUGGUGAUCUCGACGCGUUCGCUGGGCGUACCGAACAACUGGAGAGAGCAAAGAAGAGAGCGUAUGACGAGCAAAAGAAAGGCUUGGCACCUGUGGGCAGUUUAAUGCUUGCCGAGGUGGAGCGACGCAUUGAUGUGUUCAUCUUUCGAUGCUGCUUUGCGCAUAGUGUCUAUGAGGCACGGAGACUCGUCAUUCAUGGAUCCGUCCUCUUAAAUGGCAAGAAGCAUACGGAUGCCAAUACACGUCUGGCCCCAGGUGACAUGAUCUCCGUUGACCCUGCAGCCAUUCGUUUCCUCCAAAAUCCUGAGUCUUCCAAGGCAGAGCCCGAGGGUGAACAACCUUCAGACUCAGAACUUAAAACCGAGUCUUCGGAUCUCUCCCAGUCCAUGCCUUCCGUAAAACUUGCACCUACGAAGUCCUCGUUGACGCCUUUCAACCUCCCUCCAUAUGCGUCUCCUUUCAUCUUUAUUCCUGCCUAUGCAGAGGUCUCCUUCCCCACCUGCAGUGCCAUAUAUGUGCGCCACCCGACGGCACGCCCAGGAUACAGUGAAAUUCCAACACCUUACGACGCUGAUGGUGAAGUCAUUCGGCUUGCAUGGGAAUGGUACUCAAAGAUGCGUCCAAGGACAAGGAGUAAGAGUCAGAUGGCGAGAGAACCAGAGAAUCGUAGAGUUGGUGGUCACUAGGCGCUACUUGUUACCUCCACUUUGUGCGCAUUUUGUGAAUAUCUUUGGUGCUGAUGCUGCUGAAGUAUUACGCUGUCCUCCACCUGCGCCUUGUGCUGUUCAAAGUUUCCCUGCUUCUUACAUUCCAUGGGUGUCGCUGUGGACUGAAGAACUUGCGCGACGGUUGUACAAGCUUUGUGUUGAUACCCUGUCAGAGUCCAUUCGCAGCCUUCCGUCAAAUGGCCGUUCCACGUUGAAUAUUCGCGCGCUGAGAUCUGCAAUGAUCUAGUGUCCAC